UCUCCUACCAUAUGCUUCUUCCAGAAAAAAAAAAGAAAAACAGAGGAAAGCUUUUGAAACGAAGAGCGCCUUUUUUGUCCGCUAAGUUCAAACGAAGAGACGAACGAUCGGAGAGAUGGGAGACGUGAUAAUAUUCAUAGAAGAUACAGAUAUGAAUUCGAGUUUCUCACGCUGCAGGAUUUGUCACGAAGAAGAAGAAGAAGCAGAGAGCUACUUUGAAGCUCCUUGUUCUUGCUCAGGCACCGUCAAGUUUGCUCACAGAGAUUGCAUACAACGAUGGUGCGAUGAGAAAGGAAACACGAUUUGUGAAAUAUGUCUCCAGGAUUAUAAACCUGGAUACACCACAACUUCAAAACCAUCUCGUUUAGUUGAAGCAGCAGUCACAAUCAGGACGAGGAGACAAUAUGGAGGAAGAAGAAAUAGAAGAUUAGUGAAUAGAACUGAAUCAGAAUUUCCAGAAUGCAACUCUGAAGUUGACAGAGGCGCUUCUUGUUGUAGAUACUUGGCUCUUAUUCUAUCGGUGGUUUUGUUGAUAAAGCAUGCGUUUGAUGUGGUUUACGGAACCGACGAAUAUCCCUUCACGAUUUUGACGGUAUUAACACUGAAGACCAUUGGUAUACUAUUGCCAAUGCUCGUAAUCAUUCGGACUAUCGCAGCUGUUCAGAGCAGUCUCCGACGUCAGUUUAUCGAAUCUGAAGAAGAUAGGUUGAGCUCUGAAGAAGAAGAUGAUGACUUGGAGGAGGAAGAGCAACAGCAACAUUUGGCUUGAUCUUUAUUUUCUUCGUUAAACCUUUGUCUUUUUUAUGAAAGCAUAAGACUCUCAUAUACAAAUAGAAAUCUGUAACCACUAUCAACUGUAACGUAUGUUAAAUUAAUAAUCAUAAGAGUUUUAAGUUAUAAAACAAGAUUAGAGGAUAUAUAAAA